GUCACAGCGGAGGCUGGGGCGCGAUGAAGGGCAUUCUGGUCGCAUGCUGGUUGGCUGCCGCGCUGUGGGCGGCUGCGGCGCGGACCGCCGACGCCAGUAGGAGGACCUGCUUCUGCGAGAUGCGCCUGGGCCCGCUGACCUUUUCCACCCUCCUGCUGGACGUGGAGGACCCCGUGCUGACGGGCUACAUCGUCACCUGCCGGCGGGCCCGCCUCUGGUGCCGCUCCGCGUGCUAUAACGCGGCGCGUGCCCGACUCCUCAAUGGCGGGUCCGGUAACGUGUCGCCGCUGACGGGUGCCGCCGGCGUGACGGCCUGUAACACCGCACGCACCAACAUCACGGCCGACACCACGCCCACGGUACACGUGUACGCCACGUACCGCGUCAGCAACUGUCACGACAGCGGCAGCCACUAUUUUGGUCGGCUCUGCUGCUGGGAGUACCAGAUCGGCGGCGACGCUGUGUACAAGUUUAACGAGAAUUGCGCGUGUGGGCCGCCGCCGCCCUGCGACGACGGUACGCCGGACUCCACAACGGGCUCUUCAACGGGUUCAACGGACUCCUCAACUGACUCCUCAACGGAUUCCUCAACGGACUCCUCAACGGACUCCUCAACGGACUCCUCAACGGACUCCACAACGGACACCGCAACGGACACCGCAACGGACACCGCAACGGACACCGCAACGGACGUCACAACGGACUACUCAACGGACCCCCCACUGUAAAUGAUAAACUAAACGGGCCUUUAACGGGCGCCAAUUCAUAGCACAGCCUCACCCACAGAAGACCCGGUUCAGGUGAGUGCGCGCGCUGGAAAGAGAACCUUAGGUUCAUAUGUUUGUACAAUGGUAUGGUCUAGGCAGUUCAUAGUCGUCGUCACUCCGUACGCCUGAAGAGGAGAGGGGCCUCGAACCGUGAACCCGCAACCUGUGCAUCAGGAGCGCGUGUGAGCCCAGAACCUGUACGUCAGGAGCGCGUGUGGGCCCGCAGCCUGUGCGUCAGGAGCGCGUGUGGGCCCGCGGCCUGUGCGUCAGGAGCGCGUGUGAUCCGGAACCUGUGCGCCAGGAGCACGUGUGACCUGGAACCUGUGUGUCGGGAGCGCGUGCGUGCCCACACAUGGCGGCAAAACCGCUUCAUAAUAAAGUGGGAGAGGCAGUGAUGUCUCGU